UGGUGUUACUGUUGUACCAGUGACGACUCAAGAUCCCAGAUCUCCCUGAUGGGUCUGCGGGGAUUGAAGAUUGUGAAGCAAUAGCCUAAGUUACCGUGAUACUGAAUCAGCGCUGCAGCAGGGCAGGACGCCGGCUGUGCACACCACAUGAAGAGGCCCUCCCUUACGGGGCUUCCUUGAACCCAAGAAUUUGGAAAAGUUAAGAAUUUUAGUCCUUGCUUCAUAUAUCCUUCCCUGGACAGCACAGGAGGGGUACAGGGGCACUGGUCUUAACAUUUAGCCUUCCCAAGUCACGUUUUUUAUGAAUACACACACACCCCCCCUGUUGUGGAUGGUAGGCCUAGCCCAAUCCAGUGGAGGAUGGAUCUGGGGUAUGAAGCAAGUCCCAUGCCCUAGGAUUAGGAAACCCUCACCUAACCUUGGUGUCCCUGGGUGUCUCAGCACCUUAGUCUAAUUUUCAGUCUUCCAGUAGCCAGAGAUCAAGUCUUGGGCAAUCCAGUUGAACCCUAGUCUCCUAUGAGACAUUUUCAAGGUGGGGGAGUUUCAGGAGGACACUAUGGCAGAAAAAGCAAGUCUCUGGCAAACAUGCAGUUCAAUAGGCUGGGUCUUCCAUUUGGUUGCUCUUCAUGGUUAGAAAAACAACCAGGAGUAUUCCUGCUAUGCAGGCCUGGAGCUUCUGCUGACUUAUCCCUGAGGUUGCUCGGUACCUGAGAACAGUAAGGAGUAAGGGACCGAGAUUAGAAUAGACAGCAGCACAAACAACAUCAAGGGGAAUAAAAGCUAAGAUGCACUGGAGAUAUCGGUAACACAGCCAGUGCUGUGGGCACCCGGGAGACAGGGACCGAGGUGCAGUAUCCAAGGGAGCAAAUCAGUCCCAUCACACUGGCCCGGAGCUGGGUGGGGUGAGUGUGGGAGCCGCAGGUCUGCAGCGGCCCUCGGCCACCCUGUCUGCCUGGGGUGAGUGUGGGAGCCGCAGGUCUGCAGUGGCCCUCGGCCACCCUGUCUGCCUGUCUCCGCCACCCAUUGCUUGGGACAGUUCCCAGCACCCUGUCCCAAGAGUGGGCUGUGAGGAAACAAGAUGUGAAUAAAGCCCGGCCUGCCCAUGAGGGACUUCCUCCCUCAGAAGGUAGUAGCUGUGGGUUGAGUCCAUUAUCUGGUCUCAUGCUUGCUUAAUCAUUUCAGUCCAGCAUGGGAAAUAUUAUGAUUACCUGUCCUUCUUAAAAAGGAAAACAACUUCCCUGUCCAGGCCACUUUUGAAAGCUGGAGGUUCUAGGGGUGGUGCCUCAGACAAAGCACGUAGGCUUCUGAGCGAUUUCCCCCAGCCACCCUCGUUUGCAUUUGGAUAGAGCUUGGUUGGAGUUCCUUUGCCUCCCUGCUUCCCACACCAAGAGGGUAGAAGGGCUGAUGCUGGGAACCGUGCUCUGGGUGCGAGGCCUGCCCCUGGAGGGAGCUGCAGAGGACUGGCAGCUGGAGGUGCUGGAGCAGGCCAGCCUGUGGCUGGGCCGUGGCUCCCUGCGGGCGGGCUUACUGGUAUCGAGCGGCUGCCCCAGCCUGGAGCAGGUGGCCAAGGGCGAGGGCUAUACCCAUAUCCAUUGUUUCACCCACUGCCUUGACUCCCUGGUAAGAAACUUUCUGUGUCACCAUCACAGUGUCCAGAUCAUCCUGGGCACUGCCAGGGCUAUCUGCAGCCAUUUCUAAAGCUCUGUGGAGGCCCGGGGGCUCCUCACCCAGCUCCAGCGCCAGCACGCCCUCCCAGCCCACCAGCCUCUUGAGGAGCUCUUGGUCCACUGGGUCUCAGCCUACCACCUGCUGGAGUGGCUGGUGGAGCAGCAGCAGCCCCUUCAAGAGUACAAGGGCAGGCACCAGCUGGGGAAGGCUGGUGUCGCCUUGUCGGCCACAUUCUGGAGCCUGGCAGACAGCCUCAGCAAGCUCCUGCAGCCCUUCCAGAUGGCGGUCCGCGAGGCGAGUGUGGUGCAGGCCUCUCUGAGCCAGGUGCUGCCCCAGCUGCGCUCCCUGCACAUCUUCCUGGAGCAGGUUCACGGACACUUUCAGGAGCAAAGUGUCGGGGAGGUGGGCGCAGCCAUCCAGCUGGCUAAGGGGUUGGCCCUGCAGCUCUGCACCGACUGUCAGCUCAAUGAGCUCUUCUGCCGCGAGGAGUUUGUGCUGGCCACUUUGCUGGACCCUUGCUUCAAGGGCAAGAUUGAGGCCAUCCUUCCUGUGGGGGCUGACAUUGACCACUGGAAGCAAGUCCUUGUGUACAAGGUGAAGGAGAUUAGGGUGUCUGAAUACUCUUUGACCCCCCCAACCCCCAGCCCCCUGCAAAGCCCCAGGGGUCUGUGCGUGGACCCCACCAGGGUAGCCAGGAGCUGCGGGGUGGAGGGGAAGACGGGGGAGCCUCUGCAGAGCAGUGGCUGCUCUGGGGCCUUCCUGCUGGCCCAGAGGGAGAAGGGCUUGCUGGAGAGCGUGGGGCUGCUGGCCUCCGAGAGGAGUGGGGACUCGCUGUCCACCAAGAGCCACUGGGCCAGCGUCAUUGUCAAGACGUACUGGGAGAAUGAGACAGUCGGAGCCCAGGAUGACCCCCUGGCUUCCUGGGAGAAGAAGCAAGAAGCCUGGCCACCAUCUAUCUGUCUUACCCCCGACAAGAGGCUUCUCUAAAAGCAUGUUUGCCUCCCUGAACAGCCCCACCCUUGUAGAGCGAAACUCUUUUCUCAACGUGGAGGCCAUUGAGCAUACUUGAAGACCAACCUGGAGCAGUUCCCCAACUACACCCCGCCUCCUCUCAUCUGCUCUAGUGGUGACCUGGCCAAAGGGAUACAGGCCCUCCAGUCCGCUCCGGGUGGGAUGGCAGACAUGGCAGGUGCCAGUGCUCACCCUGCCCGUGAACUCCUAGAGAGCCCCUGUCUGUAGUAGGUCAAAGCAGAGAGCCGGGUGUUGCAUCCUGGGUGCCACAUGCUGAUGGCCAGAAUCUUAAACCUAUUUGGUAAGAAAGGGUCAGUUUCUCACUUGACAGAUUGCCAUAUUUUUUUUUUUCUGGGAGAUGUCAUUUUCCAUCUCCCCAUUACUUUCUUUGUGUCUAGCAGUAUGUGCCGAGAAGAGGCUUACUCUUUUCGUAGGUGACUGUGAAUUUUGUACUACGUGGCUUUGUACAUGUGAUGCUCUGUUAAAACAGAAGUGGGUGUGAAGGUCCUUGAAUACACCUUGUCUGUGUGGAGAAGUGGAUAUAUGCCCUUAAGAGGCUUGCUUUCUCAAAAAGUGGCCAAGGAUGUGGAGUGGGCGUGUGCUGGCAGGUAGGAUAUGUCCUCAGCCUCUUGGGGGCUGGGUAAGCUAUUGCAGCACUUUCUGAGGCUUGCAGUGUAGGGAGAAGGAAAUCCCAAGGUAGAAUAGCCAUUUCCAGAGUGCUCACAUACCCCACACACCAGUCUUUUGGGGGGUAUCGGAGUAGCCAGAGAACCCAACUGAUGGGACUGACCAGCUAGCUAGGAGAGCUGAGAUGCCAGUCCUCAAAUGGUGUUCUUACCAAUAGUCUAUUUCCAGACUGCCGGAAACCUUGGGGUUUCUUCCUCCAGUGACAGCAGCCUCAGUAGCUUUUCUGGGCUCCCAGCGGCCGGCUGUACACCCCCCCCCCCCGCCAUCACCCUUGCCCCUGCUUGUCGUGGACCACUUUUAAAGGGGAAGUUCCUUAUUUGGAAGAGAGAAAGGAUGUGUGUAGCACACACUCAUCAUGGAUUGCUCAGAGUUCCUUUAGGGCAGAGCUGAGGGCCUGGGAUCCAGGAACCAGUGGGAUUGGACAGGAGAAGAAAGAAGGGGGUGGCCCGUCAACCCUGCAAGACUUGCAUCCAGGUAGCCUAAGGGUUCCUGGUCACUGGGUAGGGUGGCUGCUGAGAUGCAGGUUGGAAGAGGCAGGGAAGGCUCCAGGCCUAACUUGCAGCAUGUCACUGGCCAUGGAGGUGAAGGGACAGACUCUCCCCUUACUGGCUGGCAGCCCCAGGAACCUGUUCCCUUGUCUCUCCCAGAUGAGUUGCCAGCCCUUUGUUUCACUAUGACCAAUUCAUUCUGACAUUUGGAUAUUACUGAAAAUGUAAGGAAGCAGGAAAAAUUAACUAUACUCCUUUCAUUCAGAGAUAGCCUUUAUCAAUAGUUUGACAUUUUUCCCUCUUUUACAUUGAGAUCAUACCCUAGGUACUGUUUAGUAUGUGAUAUUUUCAUUUUCACAGUAUAAUAACUGCACCUGUUAAAUAAAGUUUUGUAAACAUUU